AUGUCAGAGGAGCAGGAGAUAGCAACUGACUUCAGGGGAACAGGCCCAUCAGGAAGCAAAGCUCUGAUGGAUGAAUCUCAGACAGGGCGAGCCUACUCCUUCAAGGUGGUGCUGCUCGGGGAAGGCUGCGUGGGGAAGACGUCGCUGGUGCUGCGCUACUGCGAGAACAAGUUCAACGACAAGCACAUCACCACCCUGCAGGCAUCUUUCUUAACAAAGAAGUUAAAUAUUGGUGGGAAAAGAGUAAACCUCGCCAUAUGGGAUACAGCAGGUCAAGAGAGAUUCCAUGCAUUGGGUCCAAUUUACUACCGAGAUUCAAACGGAGCUAUUUUAGUUUAUGAUAUAACGGAUGAAGACUCUUUUCAGAAGGUCAAAAACUGGGUCAAAGAGCUUCGGAAAAUGUUGGGAAAUGAAAUCUGUUUGUGUAUAGUUGGUAAUAAAAUAGACUUGGAAAAGGAGAGACAUGUUUCCAUCCAAGAAGCAGAAUCGUAUGCAGAUUCUGUGGGAGCUAAACAUUAUCAUACUUCCGCUAAACAAAACAAAGGAAUUGAGGAACUCUUCCUUGACCUUUGUAAAAGAAUGAUAGAGACGGCGCAGGUGGAUGAGAGGGCGAAAGGCAAUGGCUCUAGUCAAGCGGGGGCUGCCAGGCGAGGCGUGCAGAUCAUCGACGACGAACCUCAAGCCCAGAGCGGCAGUGGAGGAUGCUGUUCUUCUGGAUAACUGCUCACGCCUACGAAACUCAAAACAGAACUGUGGAUCAUUGCCCUCAACAUGAAGACUGCCAUAUUCCAAGUCACAUCAUUUUACCAAUGGAGUUCUAGAAUUAACAGUAUUUUAAAUUACGUUUAUAACACUGCAGAGACCUUAAGUGCUAAACUUAGUUGAGUUUGUGACCAGAGAAUUGGCAUUUUCUACAAAUGUUAAUAAAGCAAUUACCAAUGGCCUUUUUACAUAUUUUUUUCUUUAAUGAGGAAUAAUAUGCAUGUAGAAAAGACCUACUUAAAGGCUUCAUUUAUAUUCUUUUAAAUCAGAUCUUUAUUUAAUAACUUAUAUAUGAUGUUGGAAUGGUAUACAUUUUUGCAGUCCUUUGUAUUUUGUGGUAGUUUGAAUUGUAUCACUUCUAAACAGCAUACUGUUUUUGUUCUUGUUUUUGAUUAGCAGAUACCUGAAGUUCUAUUUUUGCAGGGUUUGCACAGGCCCCUAACUGUCUACUACUUUGAUAUAAUCUAUAAACAUCCUGUAUGCUGAGCUGGUAAAAUACAUUGUAAAUUACAUAUUAAAUAUUUUAUCUGCUUUUACAAGCGCAAGGUGCAAAAAUAUAUACAAUUGUCUUAUUGGUGACUGUAAAGUGAAUUAACUGUUGGUGAUAAUACCUAGGCUUUUUGACUCUGUUAUAACGAUCCUUACCCUCCUUCACUUUGUCUUAACGUGAAAGUGGCGUGUUUCAAUUUACACAUACUUUACUUGAAUUAUUACUCUUGUCACUUUUUCCCUUUUUAUUUUUUAUUUUUUUGCCUCUGUAAGAUCAAAAAGCAGCAUUUGCUUUUUAUUAUUAUUAUUAAACAAGAUCUGCCAAUUUUGUUUUAGAACAGUUACCUUAGAAGGAUCUGAGUGGAACAUGCCAAGUUCACUUCUGCAGCAUUGGUUUUCUAUCGGGCUUUCCAUGAGAUGGUCACUAGCCUGAGAAGAGGGGUCCCAGGUAGUAGCCACUGACGAGGGCUUAUUUAUAAGGAUGGUGAGUGGUAAGUUAUGCUCCUGAGGCAGCACUUCUGGAUCCCUCACGAGGAUGUUUAAUUAGUCAUUGCUUGUCAGAAAUGAAUAUAGAAAGUUGUUUUUCAUUUUAGAAGAGUUAUCUGAGUUUCUGUGGGAAGAAGCAUUUUGUAAUGCAGUUAGAGCAACACUGGAAAGAUUUAUUAUGAAAUCAUAUUCUUGUUUAUUUUGUAAUUAGUCCCACAUUGGAUUUCUUUUUCUUUAGCAUUGGACUGAAGUUUGUUCAUUUAAAAAAGAAUCAGGCACUGCUCACAGAAGAACGAGAUUGUGGAAAUUAACAUAAAUUGUUCUUGUUCUAAUAUAUAUAUAUAUAUAUUUUCCCAUUUCUGUCAUGCUUGGAAAACUAGUAAAUGUUGUGUGUAAGAUAAGA